CAGCUGAAACGCACGCGCAGUGCCCGCUUGGAUCCUUUCAGUAGUGCCUGUCAUAUCGAACAAGCCAACAUCAAUUCCCCCUUCAGGUUCCAAUAAACACACUCCGAUUUUUCCAACCGAUCGAAAACGACCCGAAAAGAUCGCAUCCAGAAGGCCCAGACGGUGAUGGAUGCACCUAUCCAGCUCGAAGGACCAAACCUGGUCGAAAUCCCGAUUUUAAUUAAAUUAAGGUGUCCGGCGAUUGAGACCGAACAUCAAACAUGAAACGCUCUGUGUUUUCGUAUCGUUUUUCGUGAUCCGUUGGAGUUUACUGUGCGAAAAAUUUGAAUUUUUCAAAAGGAUAUUUUAGAUGCCGGGUGCGUUUGAAUUUUUCCGGAAUGCAUGGUGAGAAUCUUGUCCUGUGCCAGCACACGAGUCCUGGAUGAUGUUUUCCGGUAUGAUCCUUUGAGAUGUAUCAGUGAGAAGAUGAUACAGACUUUCCUGAUAGAAAUAUUAUGAAAAAACUAACCGAGUGAUGGGGGUGGGAUCAAAUGGGUCGUCAACAGAAGCCACCUACACGUUCCUACCUCCCGAAACCACAAUCGACCCCAUCGAGUUGAACAAGACCCGAAUAGCCGAAGAGUUCUACAGCACCUACGAUGUCAUGACUGGUAUCCGCAUAGCGAUGACCUUGGGCGGUUUCUUCGCCUUCAUGGUGAUCCUGGUUCUCUACAAGUCCAAGUCGGAGACGGAGAAGGCGUUGGAAGACCCAGCCUUCACGGCUGCAGCAGUGGCGGAUGCGGAGGAAGAAGAAGAACGACAGCUGGCGGCUGUCAUAGAGGCUGAGGUGUUCCAGAAGCUGAACCCUAGGAGGAGCAGGCAGUCUAUCGAUAAUUCUAGCCUUUCCAAGAGAUGGGUUACUUCGACGAGGAAGUAUUCGCUUGGUGGGUACAGCAGCCUUAUGGACCCGCCAUUGAGGAUAGGGAUGCAUUCUCAGCUUGCUAGUUUCGAUGAAGAUUCCACUGAGGAUGAUCCUUCUGUGUUUGAUGAAGUGAUACACAAUAGGCACCUCAACGUCCCACGCAGAUGCAGCAACAUAACCUGCUCAUCCUCCGGCAGCUCCUACCUGGAAAGGCGAGACUCCGCCUUUCUUCUAGGCAUGCCAGCCAUCCCCGCCCACAAAUCCAGGUCUAGAAGACGUCAAUCAUCUCCCCUCCCCGAAAUCUACGAUUUCUACUACCCCAUAGACAUCAGGGUGAUCCAACCGACCCCAGGAGGUUCGCCAUGCGGCAGUGACCGUGCCCUCUACGACCAGGUGCAGGACUCCUUGAACCUGAAGCCUAGGCUGGCCCCUCUGGCUUCCAUCAGCAGCUGCAACAGCUCGCUGGAGACGGACUAUCCGGAGGUGGAGGAGGACCAGCCUUCGUGCGGUGCUAGUGAUUCGAUCUUCGGGAACCAAUGUGACGACACAGACAACGAAGUAGACGAGUUCUCGACUGACAGUGACGUGAACGAUGAGCAGGGUGCCUGCUGCAGCAGGCAGCAGGUCGGUGUGCCGCGAGACUUCACAGAUAGGAGCCUGAGUUCUUCUUUUGUGUCGUUGGGCACCACGGUGAGGCCUAGUUCGAAAUCUUCGCUGACGAUCAUGGAGAGUCCUGAGGAGGAAUUUGGAAUGGGGCAGGUGUCAACGCCUUCUAGUAAUGGUGAAGAUAAAUCUUGGGUGCAGGAGAUCCUUUUUUAGCGACUGUAUUUUUGUAAUCUUGUUUCUUUGUGGGGUUCUACAAGGGUUUUGCUUGUGUGAAACGUUCGGGGUGUUUUGACUGAUAUUUUGUGAGGUUGGUUUGGUUACGGAUGUUUUUGUAUUUGGAUUGAACGAUUUCAUGAAGUAAAACCUGAAUAUGCAUGGGAACCCUGGUGGUUUAUUCUCGCUUUUAAUCGGGCUGUAGUCUGAAUUUGAAAAGUUCAUUUAAAUAAAGAUCCGUUUUCAUUUUCUGAUAAAUAUUGUAUUAAAAUUUGUUUGAAGUGAUGUACUUCUUUGAUCAGGUAUUAUUCUUAGUUUUUAUUCUUUAAAUCUAUAAAUUUAAAAAGUUGUCUCCUCAGUAUGCUACGCUAUAAAUAAAUUCUUCACUUGAAGACGGUUCAGAAUACAGAUUUACAAGAUCUGUUGGAAAGUUACUUAUAAUGGACUGGUUUCAUUUUUUUGUUAAGGAUUAAUUCUAAAAAUUUAAGUAAAAUGAAACAAAAAUGUGGAAGCUAUGGGACUUUGAAGUUGCGCUUGGAAGAAUAUUUUCAUAGUCUAGUAUGUGACGUCACGCCACUUACACGAGGCGACUGGUAUUCACAGAGUGCUUACGAAUUCAUUGGUGUACAAUCACUUGUGCCGUUCGUGUCGUGUUUUGUUCGUUACACGAUGGCUGAAAUAAAAAAAAAUCCUACAAAUAUUGUAUUGUGCCUAUGUGUGCAAGCACGACAAUUAAAAACCCCAAUAAAUUGUUUUUUCAUGUACCAAAUGACAUGAAUCAAAGGAAGAAGUGGUGCAAAUUAAUGAGGCGUGACUUAAUUGGACCUAAAACUACUUCAUAUGUGUGUGAAGAUCAUUUUGAUGUGAGUACCUAUCAGUACUAGCUGUCUAUUUCUGAUAAUAAAAACACUAAGGUGUAAGUUGGUUUGAAAUAAGUUAUUGAGUAAGAAUAACUUUGUUUUUUCACGAAGUCUUCUUCCAUUAUGGUGACAUAAAAACAAAUCUCGAGUAAAAACUACACUUUACAACUACAAACGGCGCGAGAGCCUUGGCGCGGCUAAGUAUUUAAACGUAAUUUAUGGUGUAGCGAUCACAGGUGAGUGGCGUGACGU